UCCCGGAAGUCCCGCGCGGGGGCCGGUGGGCCUUUGGCCCAGGCGGCUAUGGCCGUGGCUACUGUAGCUGCACUCCUGGCCGCCCUGGGUGGGGCCCUGUGGCUGGCGGCCCGACGGUUCGUGGGGCCCACUGUCCAGCGCCUGCACGGAGGCGGAAACUCGAGCCUCAUGCACGGGAAGACCGUGCUGAUCACGGGGGCGAACAGCGGCCUGGGCCGCGCCACGGCCGCCGAGCUGCUGCGCCUGGGGGCGAGGGUGAUCAUGGGCUGCCGCGACCGUGCGCGCGCCGAGGAGGCCGCGGGUCAGCUCCGCCGCGAGCUCCGCGAGGCCGGGGGCCCGGAGCCCGGCUCUGACGCCGGCGAGGCCGGGGAGCUCGUCGUCAAGGAGUUGGACCUCGCCUCGCUGCGCUCGGUGCGCGCCUUCUGUCAGGAGAUGCUCCAGGAAGAACCUAGACUGGACGUCUUAAUCAACAACGCAGGAAUCUUCCAGUGCCCUUAUAUGAAGACCGAAGAUGGGUUUGAGAUGCAGUUUGGCGUGAACCAUCUGGGGCACUUUCUACUCACCAAUCUUCUCCUUGGACUCCUCAAAAGUUCAGCUCCCAGCAGGAUUGUGGUAGUUUCUUCCAAACUUUAUAAAUAUGGAGACAUCAACUUUGAAGACUUGAACAGUGAACAGAGCUAUAAUAAAAGCUUUUGUUACAGUCGGAGCAAACUGGCUAACAUUCUUUUUACCAGAGAACUAGCCCGCCGCUUAGAAGGCACAAACGUGACUGUCAACGUGUUACACCCUGGUAUUGUGCGGACUAAUCUUGGCAGGCACAUCCACAUUCCACUGUUGGUCAAACCACUUUUCAAUUUGGUGUCAUGGGCUUUUUUCAAAAGCCCAGUAGAAGGUGCCCAGACUUCAGUUUAUUUAGCCUCUUCACCUGAGGUAGAAGGUGUGUCAGGAAAGUACUUUGGAGAUUGUAAAGAGGAAGAACUAUUGCCCAAAGCUAUGGAUGAGUCUGUGGCGAGAAAGCUCUGGGAUAUCAGUGAAGUAAUGGUUGGCCUUUUAAAAUAGGAACAAGGAGUGGAAGAGAGCUAUUUAUAAAACUGGCUGCCAGUUAUAUCUGUAAUCAGAAAUGAGGUGGCUUGACUACUUGCUACUUGAAAACUUUUGGUUUUACGCUAGUACUGCUGAGAGGUACAUAAUGGAUAUUUUGAAGUUACUAAAAAGUUAUUUUUUGGAGAACAUAAGAUUUCAGAAAAGAUGUCUUAAAUAUACAAUAAGCAUAAUGAAUAGUAAAAUGAGCAGUAUAAUAUACUUUAGAAAUUAUAAUUGAGCAAGCAUGGAUUACGAAUAUUAAAGAAUCCACUGACUUAAACACCUUGCGAACUUUUUCAAAUACCUUUUGAAUUUCGUGGCCAAAGUGCUAAAUAUUUUUAUUGCCGUGCCGGUUUGUGUGUGAAAAUAACAUGCCUGUUGUGUGCACAAUUCUUAUGUGGAAUAAAUUUAAUGGUGCAAAUCCUUAA